AAAAAGCAAGGCGAUGCUUGUUCCCGUCGUCCUCUUAUGGAAAGCCGAGUAAAAACAGGGUGCGGCCGCUCUAUCCCUGAAAGGGAGGAUCUUCUUUUCCCUUCCCGGUUUCUUGCCUCACCUGGGCUUUGACAUACCAGCUGGGUUUCUGAGCAGGCCGAGUCAAGAUCUCCCAAGAUGACGGAGUCAGCUGAAGCCGUGGCCUCCGACGUGGACAGCAAGAGGAGCGUGACCAUCGAAAUCAAGAACUACACCAACAGCUACUGCCUCGUGAACCCCAGGGUGUACCUCGAGAACGGCGAGACGUACAACCCGCCUCAGCCCACGGUGCGUCCGCUCAAAGUCGAGGUCUGCACUUUCACCAAGUCCAGCAACGAGGCCACCGGCUGCGUGGGCGUGUUGACCUACGACCUCUUCGAGAGGUCACGGAACGACCACGUUGAGACAGUGGCCGUCAUGUUCUCCGUCCCCUGGGACUACAACCUCUACAAGAACUGGUUUGCAGUGGGGAUAAAACCCAAGGGGACGAAGUGCGAUAAGGAUCUGUACAAACAGAUGUACUACGAGAAGAAGCAGAAGGAGCAUGGGUUUGUCAGGGAAGAGGCAACGGGGACCGGAAUCAGCUAUCCCGGGCAAUACCUGGAUGUCAGGGCCAGCAUGGGGCCUCUGGGUAAAUCCAUCAUGAACGUGGAGGUGUGGGAAAACGUGUUCAAACCAGCGGGCCAGCAGACGUACUAGAUCCUCCCGUCAGCCGCGUCUCGUAUCCCCCGUGAUUAGAAAACCAGUUCAGAUACAGUCGGCAUGCAUGAUUUAACAGCUGUAUUGUUGCUGACAUGUGCCUGUAUACCCGGGUAUUACCCUCAAGAAAAUCUGCUUAAGAUCAGAGUUUAGUUUGCAUAUAAAUCCAGGCAGCAAUAUCCCCCCCCCCCCCCCCC